UGGAGGACGCGUUACCCUGGUGACCAACUUCUUUGCGGCCCAGACUUGAUCAGGACCUAGAGCGGGAAAGGUGUGCGUGAAGAGGAGAAACGAAGACGGUUUGCUGCUCCAGCCCCCGGCCCCCUGGGAUGGGUGGCCAUGGACCUGUACCUCAGCAACUGCCGUAAGGCUGCCCAAGCCGCCGCCACUAAGGCGGCCGCCAGCAGCCUAACGGCCGACAGGGAGCAGUGCGACACCAGCUCGCAAAAAACACCCAUUCCGGAGGUCGGAGCAGCUCAUCUAUUAGAUCUUCCUCUUGGAGUCAAGCUGCCUGCUAUCCCAGGAAGCAAUAAUGUAUUCUAUACUACAAAUAUAAGUGAAAAACUUUAUCAACCUUCUUAUGAUUUUAACCUGACUGAUCCUUAUUGUCGACUUUUGGAAACCAGCUAUAAAAGUCUGCACGAUCCACAUUUAAAAGCAUACUACAAGCGAAAAGAUACCCUGAGGAGAUUAAAGAAAGGCGGCUACAUCACCAGCAAUAAUAAAGUUGUAUGUACCUUGAAGGAAUUGAAUAAAUACAGGCAGUAUCUUACCAGUUUAAAAUUAGACUUUGAAAGAAACUAUAUAAAAGAACAAACAAUGAUUAAAAAGCAAGUAAAUAAAUUGUAUGAAACCAAGAGAGCCUAUGACAAUUAUGAAAAUGGACAGUUCCAAAAAUGGCUGUUACAGGAAAGUACAAAAGUAACUCCAGACCAAGAGCUGUUAAUAAAGAACAGAUAUUUACAUAUGAUUAGUAGAGACUUAGACAAGGUUGAGCACACCGCAGACAAGCAGAGCUCACUCCAGAUGAAGAAAGAAGACAGACAACAUCGGGACCACAUUAGAAGAAAACUUAAUCUCCGUAGACAAAUUGAGGAGGAAUGGAAGACAAAAGAAAUGUUACUUCUGACAAAGAUUGAAGAAGAAGUAAAAAGAGAAGCAAGAGUUGAGGAACAACGUCGAAAAACCAGAGAAGAAAGUUACCAGAAGAAACGAGCACUUCUAGAGAAAAAAAUCGCUUAUCAUUUACAAAAAAUGCAAAAGAAUGACCUUAAGAGAGAAAAACUGGAGGCAAGUACAAUCGAAAACAAAGGACAAGAUGAAACAGAAGGAUCAUUUCACCAGUCUCAUGGUUUUGUAAAGAUUCUUGCCAAAAAAUUACCAACUUCAUUACCUCCUCAACAUGACAUACAGAGUAACACAAGAGAACAAAAGAAAAAUAAAGAAAUGACUAAAACAUCACACCCUUUAAAUGAUGGAGGAAUUAAAAGUACCUCACCUCCAGCUCCAGGUGUCUCUGAUAAAACGGCACACGUCCCCAGACACACUCCACAGGAUAUUCUGCAACAAGGGGCAAGUAACGUUUCUUUUGUGCCAGAUACAGAUAGAACAGAUGAACAUAUAAAGGUGACAUAUGCUGAUUCAAAUGGAAAAAAGGCCAGGAAAUCAAAUUUAAACUAUGAGCCAGUAUAUCCCUGCUCGCCUCCUUUCCAGGUAACUUCUGAAGAACUGAGCAGUAUAAUUCAUAAUAUAAUGACCUGGGUUGUGGCUGCAGUGACCAGUGUAUUAUACCCAGCCAUCAGAAAAUAUGAAGGAAGGUUGCAAAAUAUUAUAUACCCAAUGCCUGAUGACUCCACCCUCUCUUCAUAUAGUGCUAGUUGCUGUAGCAUGUGCAGUGAAACGUUUCUGUAUAAAACAAGUAAGACGUUUCAGGCAAAGCCCUGUGCAAAGGCAGCUGACAGGGCAAUAGAGCAACUGGCAGCACCUUUAAAACCAUCUCCUGCCCAUAAAGAAACAAUAGUUGUGGGAAAAACAUAUCACAGGGAAGAACAACCUAAAACCUCUGAACCUAAAUAUAAUGAGACCUUUGAAUCCUCCAAGCUUAAAAUCUGUAAAUCCAAUAGUCACCUCGCACCGAUUAAAACAGACACAAAGAAAUCUAAAGAUGCUAUCACUGAAACAGAUGGCUUAAAACGCCCACUGUCUUCUGAUGAAAAAGCAAAAGCCAUAAAUCAGAUGCAGGAGUUAAAGAAUGUUUUUGUUAACUGUAAAAAUCACCUGAAAGAGGAAACUGAGUUGAUUUUAGAAAACGUUUUUCAUGAAAUGGUGUCUGAAUUUACCCAGACCGUCCCCAUCCUUUCGUCUGUUACGGCCAAAGCCUUGGUUGGCCAAAUUGACACUGACAAAGGAGUCAUCUCCGAUGUUGAUAUCUCCUCAGCAGCUGCUGAAAUUAUGGAAAAUGUGCUUGAGAAGCUACAGGCUGCAGUUGAGACAAAAUGUACUGAGGUAUUUUCACAAGAAAAGUUGUCAGUUCACUUUAAAUCGGACUUAACAGCUAGUGGAGAACAUUUCAUUUCUCCAAAAGAAAGAACUUCAAAAGCUUCACUGCCUUACACUUUGGAGAACAUGAAUGAUAUUGCGGAGGAUAUGGUUCAUGUGAUUUUAGAAAAGCUGGCGGCUCUUGCAUCUUCUAAGCAAAAUGAACUAGCUCAUCUUGAAAUCACAGCUGAACCUGCUUAUCAGCAACACAGGAAAGAUCCAACAUAUACAUUCUUUCAAAGAGCCAGCAAAAGGAAAUCCAGUGCUGAACCUGAUGCAGCCCAUUUGAUUGGCGAAGAAGAAAUACAAAAUUUAGUAUAAAAUAUUUUUUCCCAGUCCUCUCUGGUUGGUUAUAUAGAGGAAGCAAUCAGCACCAUACUAGGUUAUAUACAAAUUGGACUUAAUAAUGAAAGGCUUAUUGCAACUGAAGAAACAGUGAUCAUCCUUCAGCUACUUGAUGAUAUCUUGGCUCAGCUACAUCAGAAACCAAAGAAAACAAACGUCCUAAAGAGUAGACACCCCAGACUGAGCAGUCCUUCUGGCACUGAAGAAGAGAACAUAUUUGCCAGCCCUAGAGUAGCUAAUGGUCCUCGAUAUGGAUGCCUGUUUCCACCUAUUAAUGUUCCUGGCAUGGUCCUUUAUUCUGAAGAUGAAAAUGAAGAAAUAGACAAAAUUCUGGAAAAUGUACUGAGUUCAUCUAUCAAAGAUGAAAAAGCAAAAUUGCAAGAACAAGUUCCUGAUCACUGGUUAACAAGAGAAAAUGCUGGUUUAAAGUACAAAAGAUAUAUGAACUUACCUAUGAAGCCUGCUUAUCGAGGCAAAGUAGCGUUUCACGAUUGGGGAUUAAAGACUGACCUUCCAACUUUUAAUAAUAAGGACCUUUUUAAGGACAAGCCAUGUUUGAAUAAAGACAUUUUGCUUUUCAGCCAAGAUGAAAAGCAUCAAAUAGAAAAAGCCUCAGAAAAUAUAAUUACAAGUAUUUUAGCACAGAUGCUCAAAGACAUAUCUUCUGGGCCCUCUGGUCACUUAGAUUAUAAAAAUGGUAAAGAAGCUUUACUUCUUACCUCAGGAAAAGCACAAGAUCUGUCACAUCAAGAAUGGAUGGACCAGAUGUUCUCUGUGUCAGAAAUCCAUACAGUAGCUCAAGAAAUUGUAGAUGCUGUAUUAAAAAUACUUCACAUAGCUUCUAGUCACAUUAUUGGAUAUUCAUCAGUACAUCAGACUUCUCUAGAUGAUGCUGAUGUACCAAAUAAAGAGCCAUUAGAAAUAUGGUUUGAAAGUAAAAGGGAGAUGAAAUUUUUAUCUGGACUUGGCAUAGACCCUACAAAACAUCCCUGGUUAGAACCUAGAGAAAGUGAAUCAACAUCUGAACCUGUAGUUCUCAUUAAAGAUAAGAUCAUUUAUACAAUUUUUAAGAAGCGACUCAAAAUUUGCCCAAAAUUGCAAAACCGCCUCAAACCAGAAAUCCAUGCUAAAUCUUUGUUUCAAUCUCACCUUAGUGCUUACACAACUAAAGUGGUAAAAAUUGUUCUGGAUACUAUCCAGAAAGAACUGAGACAUAAGAAGAAGAAUCUAAAUCUUAGGAAGAGUGACCUUCCCAAGAACUUUAUUGAAACAGGAUAUUUUGCUGACACCAAAAAGGAAUUAGAUUCUGUUGUCACAAAGCUAAAUAAUGACAUUUUGACAAGUCCAUUAGCAACUUGUAUUUGUGAAGUAUUAAGUGGAAAUACAGAUAAAAACAGUGUUCUACUCUCUUCAGAUAAGCUAAGGUCUAAAAUCUCACAUGGAACUGCUGACAUUGAUCAACAAAAACUUUUGUCUUCUCAUUGUCCUCCCAUGCAAGAGGAAGUUCACAAACGUACCAGAUUGCAGGUGUUAGAUAGAAUUGGAGAUAUCUUAUAUGACAUGUUAUGCGAGCUCAUAGGAGACCAUCCAAAUUCUCCCCUAUCUGAUGAGCAAAACAGAGAGUGGAUCAAUGAGAAUUUGAGAACAACCACUGCAUUGCAGUCUAAUAUUCAGCUCAUUUCUCAUACAAUUCUAGAAGAUAUCAUUACAAAAUUAUGUAGUGUUGAGAUGGAUCAUAUUUUCACAAAUCCAGAAUUUAAAGCUAUCUCAGAGUAUAUUGACACUGACAGCCCAUCAUUUGCUUUGCUUGUUGAGGAAAUGAACAGAUGCUCUGACAUAAUCUCCAGCAUGGUGUCCAGUGUGAUCCAGCCUGGUAGUCAAGAGGUGACUAACAACACAGGAAAAACUACUGCUCCCAAAAUAGGGACCACAAAAGAAAAGCAUCCAAAUAAACUGAAAGUCAGAGCUUCAGAUAUCUUUGAAAUGGUUUUUGCUAAAUUAGAGGGGUUUGCCAAUAGAAAUUUAGGAACUCUGGGCAAUCUAAUGAAUGGAAAUAAAAAAAGCAACAAGACAUACUGGGAAAGUGAAAGUACCAACAUUUGUGCUAACACACAUAAAAAACGAUUGCAGUCUGCUUUAUAUGUGCAUGCAAAGCAAGUAUCAAGUACCAUUUUGAAGGCUAUUCAAACUGAAUUAAAUGUGAGCUUGCCAGAUUUGGAAACAUGUAUAAGCAAGCCACCACGAGAGAAACAAAUUCUUAAGAAUCUAAUCAAUUUAAUUUUAGAUGCACUGCCUACAGAUAUGUUUAAUGAAACUGAACCAGAAGAGAGAGGCAUUGAACAUUACCGAUACAGGCCAAUCUAUGGAAAUUUUCUUCCUGGAGGAGCUGACCCAGAGUCAUAUGGAGAAGAUCCUGCAGAUACAGAGAAUGAAAGUGCUGGAGAGGAAAGACCACUAGAAGAAGAAACUAAAUCAGAUUCUUUUAAGCAACAGGAACUAGAAAGGACAUUAAAAAAAUUUGAAGAAGAACUCAAAGAGCCACAAAAGUCCCCAGUUGUGCCCAUUAUAAGAAAUAUUUUGAAUGAAAUUUUUCAGAAUGAUUUAGUUGAUCAAUUAAAUGUGCUUCCUCUCCCCCAGUCCCAUUUAUAUGACAUUCCUCAUGCUGGUAAUGAGCCAGCUACUCAAACAUCUGUUCAGUCCCUGGAUAAAACAAUGGAUCCUUUAGUGUCUGAAGCAGAUGUAACUGUUGUUGCAGAUAAUGUUGUUAGAACCAUAUUUCAAAAAGUUUAUUCUGCUGUCAUGACAGACAGAAAUGCAAAUGAAAAUAGAUAUAAGACUAUCACCUUUCCAGCAAAUAUCUCUUUUCCUGAACACGCCAGUGGAGGAAAGUCUUCUGUUUAUUCUACCAUACUGGACAGAAAUCCAUGUACAUUUCAGUCCACAUUCAGUAUUAGUAAACUGACCAAAAUAAAUGUUGUUGAAGAUAUUGUACAGUCAGUAUUAACAAGUUUAGAAACAUUUGCUACUUCCAAAGUAAAAGCUCUCUUUUGUCCUCAUAUCAAUUUCACAGUUCCAAUGGCUUUACCUUUACAGCGGGAUGAGACUGCUUUAAGCCAACCAUGGUUAUCUACCAAAGAUUCAUAUUCUGAUGAUCAAUUUUCCUGUUGCUCGGUAGAUCAUAAUAAGUCAGGGAAGACCACCUCAAUAUGUCAAAUGACUGCCUCUAAAUUAAAUAUAUAUGCAACAGAAGUGGCUAGACAAAUUUUACAAGGAAUCAAACAUAAGUUAGAUAAAGAAAUAAAAAGUCCAUUCUUAACUCAUAAUGUUGUGGUUUCUGAAAGUAUUCCAAGUCAUAUUGUUAACACAGUGUUAGAUAUUGUGUCUACUAAAGAAUAUGAAAAAAACAUAUUUGACAGAGAGAUUGAUGCAGGUUGGCCAGAAGAUAUUGUUGAAAAGCUGUUCAAUAAUAGUGAUUAUCGAAAAAAACUUCAAUUUCAAAUACUAGAUACCACUGAGGGUAUCUUAAGUGACAUCUGUGAGAAAACACUAGAUGAGAAUAAUCUCCCACUUGUUGCGUCCACUCUUAAAUGUAAUGAAAUUGGAAAACAUUUAGAAGCAAACUCUGAAACGGACCCAGAGUGUGCAAAUAAGGCUAUUCCCAUGCUUUUAGUUUCUAAAUCAUGCGUUGCUGUGAUGUCCAAUGAUAUGGUAAAUAUUGUUCUUCAAAGUCUCACUUAUGCUGUCAUGCUUGGCAUAAAUGCAAAGGAUUCUAUUUCUCCAAGAUGAUCACCCCUGGCAUUUUCUGAUGAAUUUCCCAAAGCAGAGCGUCAACAAUCUCCUGUUAAGAACUCAGUGAAUGAAAGGAAAAGGGCGAGAUUUCUAUUUGCAAGAAAAGGAAGAGAUGUACAGCUGAAAUCAGCUUAUUCUGAUGAUAAUCAGAUGACUGUAUUUGAGAAACAAGACGCCAAGAAAUCUGCUCCUGACCCAUGUGAGGAAAAUGCUCACUUCAUUACUAAAACUAUUUUGAAUAGAUUAAAAUCUUUUGCCACAGAAAGAAUAGUUUUGCUACUUACUCUUGAUACUCAGACUAGAGAAAAACCAUAUGUUGGCCCAGAAUUUACAAAUUGUAAACAAGAUGAUGGCAUAUUUCUUGAAUCAAACCAAAUGCCAUCACAUAUGAGUAUCCUGAAAAUAUCGACAGCUGAAACCAUUCUCAGUCAAGAGGUCACGGAUUACACAUUAGCUAAUCACAGGGAAAAACAUAGACCUGCAAUUCAUAUAUCAGAAGCUAGCCUUAAGGAAUAUGCUGACAUAAUCGCCAGUACCAUUUUGAUGCUUAUAAAAAAUGACGUAGACCUCGAAAUGCAAAAGAUGUAUUCAUAUCCAAACAAUACUUCAUCCCAAGAAAACAUCAUUGCGAGUGAAACUGUCAACAACAUCUUAAAGAGUUUACACGAUAAAAUAUCUUUAAAGGCAAGUAGUUUUUACUCAAAGCAGAACUCUAGCCUUUUUAUACAACCAGCUGUACAAAAUGAAAUAUUGCUGGGUCAAAGAAAGAUGGAAGACAACACUGAACUGUCUCUCUUUUCAAAAUACCCAGAUCAAAACCAAAUUAUAUCAGAAGCAGAAUACCUGAGAAGGGUUUUGGAAGAAAUAUUUAGGAUUGGAGAACCUAAAAGAAAAAAAACAACUGCUUUGUUAAGUGCAGUUAAGGAAAUUUUAAAGAAGAUGUAUCAAAGGGUAAUGGAAGACAUAGACCGUUGGCCUCCAUUUAAUGAACUCCCCUACUUUACAUCUGAUUCUAAAAUUAAAACAGCAGGAGCAGCACGAAAAAAAGGCUUGCAGUCACAUAUAAGCAGUGUUGCAAAUGAUAUAGUUGAAAGUGUUUUCAGAAAAAUGUUCUCAAUAGUUAUGACAUCCUUAUAUGAAAACAGUGAGAACAGGGGAGAAUCGGAAGCAUCUGGCAGUGAUGAAUUACUGAUGAAUCCAUCGUGCUUUAGGAGACUGAAACAAACAGAAAAAAGUAUUCCCCCUGAACAUGUGAUACCUCAAGUUUAUCCUUACACAGGCAUUAGAAGUGUCACUUCAUUGGAAAACAUCCUAUUGAAAUUUUCUCCAUUGCAAGUGGGCGAAGAAUUGGUCCAAACAGUUCUCGAAAAGAUCACAAAUUUUGCUUUACUGAAUCUAGAAGAGAGUUUGCCCCCUAAAGGUCAGUCUGAUGAAAUCCGAUCUCUGAGUGCAAGUAGUUCUAAAGCUAGUCCCAAGGGCAGCCCUAAGGCAAGUUUUAGAACAAAUUUUAUAACAAAAUCAAAAAUUACCUCUUUGCCUAAAUUUAAAACAAAACCACAGCUAGGACCUAGUGAUACUAAAGCCAAAAGCAAGAUUGAGUUCGGUCCUGGAGAGAAGACUCUAAAAGGCAGCUGGUCCAAGACUGCCAUUGGGCUGCCACACCUGCGAUCAACAGGGGAUGCCAAAAACUCCUUAGUGAGACUAAAACUCCCCACAGUAGAACAAAAAAUGUAUGCCAAGGAUAUAGUAAGCAAUAUUCUGGAAACAAUUGUGAAUGAAUUUCAAAAGGUGAGGCAAAAUAAAGCAAUGGUAAAUGUAAAUGCUUCACCUUCUGAUCAAAUUGUGACAGCAAGUGAAAUAGUUAAUGCAGUUUUGCAAGGAUUAUAUGCUAAAAAGAACAACAAUUUGGCUGACCCAAUAAAAGGCUCAUACUCAGAUCUCAAACUUUCACAGAGGCAUUUUAGUACAAUCUCUCUUGCAAAUCCAGAAGCCCAUUUCUCUUUGGAGAAUGUUUCUCCACAGCUAAAGAAAAUCCCUAAAGAAGAUAUUUUUAAACAAAUGUUUGAUAAGUGGAAAACAGAAUCAAGUGACAUGGAAAAUGAAAAAUAUAAGCUAUUGAUGAUAGCUGAGACCGUCUUGAAUGAAAUUUCAAUGAAAGCAAAAGAAUUAGAACAAUCUGUUUCAUUUUUAAAUUUCUUACCUCUAGAGGCUUGUGAAAGCGGGUACCAUAAUUUUAAAAGAGCUGCUUCUAGAGCUGAGUGUUCUCAAGCACAAAUUAAUAUAUUUGGCCAGGAAAUUGUUGAAAAGCUAUUUGAAAAAUUAGAGUUGUGCUUCUUGACUCAGAUUUCGUAAGAUAGUAAAGAAAUGCUAGAAAGCAAGAAAGAAACUACUGCUAGAAGUAAAUGUGGUUCCUUAAGAACAAACAACCUCAACAGUGUACAAACUUAUAACACAAAAUUGAAAGACCAAAAAUUGGGGGGCACUAGCCACCAAAUUGCUCAAGAAAUCAUGGAAGGGGUUCUGAACACCUUUGAGUCAUUUGCAGACCUACAGUUUAAACAUGUCUUUACAUAUUCUUUUUCUGAAAUUGUGAAAAUACCUAUUGAAAACUUUUUUGGUGUCCAACAGUAAUCAUUAAUGAAAACGAUACUGCCCAAGUUACAACCUUUGAAUAAGUUUCCUGACGAAUCUACAUCAAGUAGUAUGAUUUCCCAGGAAAAUAUUCAGAAUACCCUUCGACAGCUUCACUCAUUCCAUUCAGAACUGUUUACAUAUAUUGCUAGUACUGUCAAUAACAUGCUUGGUAUAAUUAAGAACAAGCUAGACAGAGAAAAAUGCCAAGUGCAACCAUCUUUGAUUACAGUAUUUGAAGAAAAUGUUGUAGCAAGUUAGAUCAUCAGCACACUGAUGGACCAGUGUACUCAUUUCUACGAGUCAAUGAUCAAAAGCCAUGCAAAGGAGAAUCUGUUCCAAGGAACUGAAAAUGCCUGUACUGUUAAUCAGCCCGAAUUUGCAACCGGGAGGGGAAUGUCCACUUCAAAGUCAAAGGGAGUUAACUGCGAGGAUGAUCCUCCACAAAUCCCUGGCUUGCUAUUUUAUUCAGAAGAACAUAUGAAAAUAAAGGACAAGUCUUCCUCAAAUCUACCUUCGUGUGUCAGAUACUCUGCAGGAGAUAGAACUAAAACCAGAGAGCCAAUGGAAGGGCUCGAAUCAAAACUUAAACCAUCAUAUUCUAGAAGUGAAACUCAAUGCCUCAGCCACUUGGAUCAAGCUGUGAAAGGAAACAGCUCUACCCCAAAAAGCAGUGUCUCAAAACUAUCUCAGAAAUCCAGUGACUCUGUGCAAGCAGCACUAGGGCACCCCAUGUCCUUCAGACAAAUGGAAGAAGGUGAAAAUCAAGGAGUGCUUCACUAUGAGCCCUCCAAACCCGUUGUUAAGCCAAACCAAAUACAGACGACCGUUUCUCCACUCAAAAUAUGUUUAGCUGCAGAAAAUAUCGUCAAUACCAUGCUACUGAGUUAUGGCCUUCCAAGUCAAACCCCACACACUGAUGAAAGUAUAGAAACAAUGAGGCCAUUUUUUGUAUCAAAAGAAAGGCCUUCAUCUAUAAUGUCUGAAGAACAAAAGGAUAAGAAAAGCUUACUUAAAAUAUGGGAAAAAAGAAUCAGCUAUAAAACCAAAGAAAAAAAACAAAAACCUGUAGCAAGUGGAGAAGAUUUCACUUUAAUGGAAAAGUGGAAAAAUAAGUACCCAAAGUUAGAGAAAAUAGCAACUCUUGAGGAGGCUGAAGUCAUUGCUUUUGCACAUCAGGAACUGGGACAACAUGAAAUCUCUCUAGUAGCAAGAUACAUUACUACAUCUGUGGUCACACAUUUCAAGAACUUCGAAACCAGAGGUCCUCUUGAUGAAAAAGUAUCUAUUGUUUCCACACUGUUAAAGAACAAAUAUGAAUCAAAACAGCCUCUAAGAAGCAUAAAGGGUGAUUCUUCACUUAAAAAGUUUUGUGAGCAUCUCACUGAACUGGUUAUUUGCUAUAUAAUUUCAGGCAUUUCCGAUUUCACCAAAGAUGGUGGAAAAAAACAGAAAUCACUGGAAAACCAAGAUAUAACUUUUAGCAAGGUUAUUUUAGUUUAUUCCCAAGUGUUUGAGAGUCGGUCAAUUUCUAUCAGAGGACUUGCUUUAAGCAUUUCUGAAAUCAUUAUUCGAAUCCUUUGUAAUAGUGACAUUUUAAAGGCAGACAUUACGCAACAAACGGUUUCUGUGAUAAAAUAUAUUUACUGCCCAAGAAUAGCUGUGGCUGACUUUGACGAUCUCUUUCAAGAUCUAUUAAUAAGAGUGAUCCAUGUUCUGUCCAAAGAAAUAGGAACAAAUCAUCAUCCUGACAGCAAAGGAAGAAACAAAUCACUUUCCAUGCUUAAAAACCAUAGUUGGCCCAUUGGCAACAAAACCGAAACAAUGAAAAGACAGACAGGCCCUAGAGGUUGGAAAUCAGCUCCUACUCACCGAAUUAAUCAACUAGUACAGAAAAAUAAACUAAAUUCUCUGGCAUGUAAGUUACAUACUCUGGUUGGUAGCCUAAAAACUCAUGAAUCCAAAGAAGUAGUCAAUAAAAUUUUCAAUAUUGUUUUUGAUUUGUUUUUGCCAGAUGAAUGCCAAAAUUGGGAUAUGGAUUCUGAUAAAAGAGAAAGAAAAAUGUUCCUAUCUUCAAAUAUCCAGCAAAGUCAUAGAAUACCUAGAAAUAACCUAGGGCUCUCCCCAAAAUCAGUUUUUCCUUUCAAUGUUGUGUGUGAGAAACUUAGAAUACUUUUGGAAGAAUGCACAACCAACAAACUCCUUACAAAUGGUACUCUUUCUGAUGAAAUAUCAGCAGAACAUCAACUGUUCAACAUACUUCAAAAUGUAGAGAAUUAUUGCAGGGGAAUAAUGGACAAUGCCUCACUAUUUGAAGGGUAUGACAUGUCAGACCUUUUUGAAAAUCUGGCAGAAAUAAAUCAAGAAUCUAUGCUUAGUAUUAUUUCCCAUAGCUUGGUAAAAUCCUUAAUGGAAAAACUGUCACAUGGUAUGCAGCGACCUCCCAGAAGUCCACCUUUUACAAACAAGCAUUUAAUGUACAGGACAAGAGAGAGAAUUCCUAGUUUCCCAAAAGUAAAAAGGCCAGAAUUAAAAGAGUCAAGACAGGGUAAAGUCUCUGUAAGAUUCAUGAAUUAUGACAGCAAGCCUUUGACAGGGCCAUUGAAUAAUCUUAGGGUGGUUCAUUCCCAAAGGCAAGCCCCAUUUGGUAAGCGAUUUUCAGGAAAAGUUACUUCUCUACCUCCUCUUCGAAGAGCGAGUGAAAAGGAACUGAAUGCAACAACCAUUCUUAACAUGCAACAUCCAGGAGGCAUGAGCACAGGAGUUUACUCUGCUAUGUUUCUGGAGGAAAUAAUUGCAGACAUUUUUCUCAAUCUCUCUACCUCAUUGCAGGGCAAAAAUGUAAACAUCACUGAAGCCCAGCUCAAUGAAAUAAAUAUAUUAGAUGUCAACUCUGUGGUAAAUGAGUUUAAUAAUGCUCGAGUCACUGUUUUACGGGAUGUUGAAGAAAGGAUAUGUUUUCCACCAAACUGUAAAGAAACUGUUAGUAAGAUCGUUGACUCCGUUUAUAAUGAUGUUUCAUGGGAAUAUACAUUAGUCACCUGUGGCAAUCACCUGGCACAGGCUACCACCUCAAUAGCAGAACAGAUAACUAAUGGCAUACUGAAAGAGAGUUUAGAAUUCCAACUCCCAUUGUGCUUUGUAGGAAAGCUCAUGCCUAAUUCAUAUUACCCUCUCAAAGCUGAAAAUAUACUACAGAAACUUCAAAACAACCUGAGAGAACUUAAUUACCAAGGUCAACAUUCAGCAAGCUAUACUACCGUGUUAUCACACUCAUUUUUAGAAGAUGUCAUCAGAAGGCUAUUAUCUCAGCUCAGUCCUCCACCUAGCAGGGCUUCAUGCUUGGGAAAGAAAUGUUUCAUGACUUCAGAUUUUAAUGAGAUAUCCACCUGUAUAAUAGAUAAGAUUUUGUUAGCCAUUUCAAAGUAUAAGAUUUGGCUCACUGAAUAUGAUUGCCAACAUCUAUAUACAGAAAAAAACCUUCAAAAUAUGGUGGAGUCUGUUUAUAAUAUUUUGCAGAUGUCUGACUCUCUUGUGUCAAUACAGAAAAGUAUAGUAAGCCAAAGCCCGAUUAUGGUUGAUCGAAUGGCCGGUCUCAUUAUUUAAGAGAUUAUUGAAAAUCAUCUUCAGCACUUUUUGUGUGCAGAGGGCUUACCUCAUUCAAUGACUCCAUUGGAUAAAAUAUGAAAUAUGGUUAAAGAGGUUCUCAGUGACGUCACAGAGUCACACAUACCCCAGGAGCCACCAUCAUUAGGUAUGGACUUUUAUCCUAAUGCAUUUGUAGAAGAAAUUGUUGUCAGACUAUUAUCAAAGAUCUUCAACCCAAGAUAUAACACUGAGUGUGAACUGGAUAAAAUUACCCGCAAAAUAAUAAACUCAAUAAAUAACCAUUUUAACAAAGCUAAAACUUGCAUUCUUCGUGAUGACCAAGAGCAGUCUUUCCCCACUGUAGAUACAGACACUGUGGAUGAACUCGUCAAUUCAGUUUAUGAGAAUGUUCUGAAACGACAUGGACUGGAGCCUGAGGUUGAUAGUAAAGAACUCAAAGACAGUGAUAUUUUUGCAGAAAAUAUUACCAAUUUAAUUGUAGCAGCUAUUUCUGAUUAUCUUUUUCAUCCACUAUUUUCUGGGGAUUUGUCGGCUUCUUCCUAUGCUACUUUAACAGCAGAGAACAUUAUUCAGAACAUCUUUAGUGGCAUCAAUGAAUCUACCAAGCCAAGCCAGCAUUUAUCUCCGUAUAACACCUUGCUGCCGUACACAUUUUUAGAAGACAUAAUCAAAGUACUAUUAUCUAGAAUCUUUCCUUCUGCAUCUAACAUGGUUCCAUACAGCAAAACUCCAAAAGAUAGAUCAGGAAUUAAUUGCAGUGAAAUCUCUCCAAAGCUAAUCAGUGACAUUAGGAUGAAAGUUUCCCAACAUGAAAUUCGAUUUUCAAAAGAUGAAGAAGAAACCAAAUCUAUUUAUUCAGAGGAUGACACUCAGCAUCUCGUUGAUUCUGUAUUCAGAAGCAUCUUGCCAAACUCUGGGUCUCAAGAAGCAGUUAAGCACGAUAUCAUAAGCAGUAACAAUGUUCUUAUUGAUAGAAUAGCAGGUUUUAUCAUUAAAAGUAUCUGUCAACAACAUCUCCAUCCAUUUGUGUGUGGAAACUCAUUACUUCCUCCAUCAUGUCCAUACUUUGAUGAUGCGAGAAGGCAACAUUUUUUUGCCAGUGUUUACUCCUCAGCAUUUUUGAAAGAUGUGAUCUCUGGGGUUUUAAGCAAAAUAUUCCACAGGGUGUUCGGUAUUGUGCAAACAAAAUCAAUAAGAGAUUUGGAAAAAGAACUGCUGGAAACAGCCGAAAAACUCGUAUAUUUGAUAACAGAAGAAUUCUCAAAAGCUCAGGUUAGCAUCCUAGAAAAUACCAUGGAACAACUGUGUUUGCCACCAGUAGAUAGAGACAUAGUGAUCAAAAUUAUUGGCACGGCAUAUAGCAAAGUUUUACAAGAAUAUGAAUUGGAAUCUGAUAAGGACUUUCUCAGUGACACAAAGACAUUGGCACAGAGGGUAACUAAAAUUAUCCUGGCUGAAGUUUUUGAUUUCCAAAUUCAUCCAGAUUUCAUCGCAAAGCUGCCUUUUAAAUCAUAUUCAAAACUCAAUACUGAUGUUUUGAUAAAGCGAGUUCAUUAUGCUAUUAGUAAAUCAAGACUCCGAAGACAGACUUGUACAAGAUAUACCACCAUAUUUCACACACAUUUGGAAAAAAUUGUCACUCAGGUUUUAUCUCAGAUAAGUCCAUUGAACUGCAGUGCAAAAGAUCCAGACCUUUUGCAAUCAGACUUCAGCAACACAGUUGUGAGACUGAUCGAUGAAAUCAUGUCAAUAAUUUCUAAACAUGCAAUAUGCAUUAUUAAACAUGGAAAUGAAAAACAAAAUGUGAUUUCAGGAAAAGACAGCCAGGCUAUGCUUGAUGCCAUUUAUACUGAUAUUUCUCAUUCAAAUCUAUACCAGUCUCUUACAAAAGGUAAAAAAGGCAUAAGUAAUAUACCUGUUACAAAAAUAGUGAGUUAUAUAAUAAAAGAAAUAUUUAACCAUCAUCUUGAGUUAUUUUUAUCUGGAGAUAACACUCUUCCUUCAGGUACAGUGGAUCAAACUUAACAGAGAGCAAUAGAGCCUAAACAAAGAGAAUUAUCUUUCAUUGUGAAUUCGGCUGUCUUUUUGGAGGAAGUAAUUUCUGAGCUUUUAUGCAAAAUCCUUUAUGUAUUCUCACAUAAUGUCUUGGCUGCCGAAAACCCAGGUAAAGCAAAAGCCAACAUUACUGACGUUGUUACAUUAGUAAAAUCAAUUGUGCUGGAGUUCACCACAUCACAGAUUUUAGUUUCAGAUCACUUGGAUGAAAAUCUGUAUUUUUCAGAGGGAUAUAAAGAAAUGGUUAAAAAAACUGUCAACCUAAUUUAUGAAAAAAUAUUAGAUGACUAUAAAUCUCUGAUUCAUAUUUAUAGAUCUAUACAAAGUGAUGCUGUCAGCUUUGGAAAAAUAAUAUAUUAUUUGCUGUUAGGAGAAAUUUUUUUUUUUUCUUAAAUUUAUGAUUAUCAGGUGGAGUCAUUAGUUUUGGGAUAAUUAGCAACGUCUUCCUAUUCUUCCCUCCAGGAUGAGAAGAUCAUCAGAAAUGUGCUCGACACCAUCAAUGAUGGUAGCCAUGUCUUGCCAUCAUGCAUCACUGUAUUGUCUCGUUCCCUUUUAGAAGAUAUGAUUUACAAGCUUCUUGCAUAUAUAUUCCCUUCCUCUGAGACUGAAACGGAACUAAAUGAGGAAGAGGUGCCACCAGAUUACGAGUUUGUAAAUGCAGCUUCAAAACUGACUGAGGAAAUUAUAACAGAAAUUUCUGAACAUGAGAUUAGACUUGCCACAGCAGAAGAACAUGUGGAAAAUAUGCAAUUAGGAGCAAUUGAGAACUUCACUGAUUCCAUAUGUAAUAAUAUUAUUAAAAAGUUUAAAUUCAAAGAUGAAGCACAGAAAGAUACAUGCAAAAAGGGAGGCUCGUUCCUCAGGAGAAUAGCUGGUUUCAUUAUAAAGGAAAUUGUGGACCACCAUCUGCAGCCAUUUUUACAUGAUGAAGAAUCAUCUCCCAGUGACUUACCCGAAAAUGCCCAUGUCAUUGAACUCUUGAAUCCUGGUAAAGAAAAAACACAGUCCUUCCCACAGUCUUCUGUGUAUUCUGCUACAUUUUUGGAAGAUGUCAUAAUUGACCUUGUUCACAAAUUUUAUACUCUCCCAAGUAUUGCUUAAAAUCAUAAGGACAAAGAGAUAUCAGAAAGAGACCUCAUGGGUACAGCUAUAAAAUUUGCCAAUGCCCUGAUAGGGGAAUUGAAAAGUGAAAUUAAAGUUCUAGCAAAUGUUGAAGAAAUGUUUUCAUUUCCACCAAUAGAUAAAGAGACAGUCAAUAAAGUAUCUGAUUCUGUGUAUGAUAAGGUCAUAGAAAUAUAUGGACCUAACAAUGUUCAGAAAGAUGAUAGAAGUAGCAUUGUUAUAGAGAUGAUUGCUGCUUUAGCCAAGAAGGCAGUCUCUGCUUUCAAGAUUCAACCACUUUUUUCGGGAGACUGGUCUUCCACCUUCUCAUUUCUAGCUGUGGAUAACAUCAUCCAAAGAGUUCAACACCAACCAUAUAAAACCUUUACAAAGAUAAACAGAAGCUUGAAGGGGAACCCUGUUUCUCCACCAGAACAAUUAUCUAUACUUACUCCUCUUACCUCAGGCCUGAAAGACAAAAUGGACACUUUGGAAAUAGGUAGAGGAGCACUUAAUGGAAAAGAGAAUUUCAAAAAGGAGGAGACUAUGUUAAAUAGGAGUGGUGACAGUGGGCAUCCUUGUCUGGUUCCUGUUCUUAAUGUUACUGCAAUAAAUAAAAAAUUAAAAAAAAACAAAAAGGAGGAGACAUCAAUGAAAACAGGCAGCAUCCAUGAGCCAAUCUGUGCCACUAUAACUGGCAUUACAAAGAGCAAAGUAACUGCCCUAGCAUCAGGGUUAGCUGAAGGUAUGGCAAAUAAAAAGAAAGGGGAUGAAAAGAAAAAGGAAAGUCUAAUUGGAAAAGGUAAUGAGAAGGUAUCAAAAGUUACGAGUGCAAAAAGUAAAGAUACUCAGGGGCCAGAUGUGCGUACAGGACUUAAAAAGAAUGAAAUCAAGAAAAAAGAUAGCUUGGCUAGAAAAGAUGAGAAAGGGCAAGGUGGUGUGGUAUAGCAAUGUCUCUCACCAGUUACCAAUGAUACAAAAAAGAAGAAGGUUGUCCUGGAACGAGAUUUAAAAAUAGAUUAUAAAAAGAAGAGUGACAAGAAAAGAGAAAAUUCAUUAGAAAAAGAGGAUAGAUCUUUUGAAUCACCACCUCUGAAAUCCAAGGUGAGAAGUAGAGAGAUCCAAGAGAAGACGAGAGAUUCGCCAGCUUACAGAGUUACAGAUGACAAACAGAUCUUGCAUCCUAAACAUGUCCAAAAUAUAGGAUUUAAAGAAAUAUCUUCUAUCCAAGGACCGGUUGAUGAUUCAAAACCCCCAAAUCCUCUAGGUGAUAAAGCAGCAUCUGUAACUCAAGCAGAUGGCAAGGGUUUUGCACAGCCUGCUUUAAUGAAUUCAGCUAAACAAAAUCCUCCUGCAAAAGAGGAAGAGAAUGAGAAAAGUAAAGAUAAAGAGAAUACAAGUCAACCUAGUAAAUCAGACAGUCCUCAGAACCCAUCAGACAAUAACCCCAGGAUUUUCCCUGCUAACUUUUUAGAAGAUGUUAUCUCUGAAAUAGUUAACAAAUUGAUUUUUUAUUCCUCACCAGGUAUGGAUGACACAUGUCAAAAUGUAAUCAAUAAUGGAAAUCAAUCUGAGCUCUAUGACACAGCUAUGAAACUGAUUGACUCCCUGUUAAAGGAGUUUUCAGAUGCUCAAAUUAAAGUAUUAAACCCAGAUCAAGUAAGGCAGCUCCUCCUAUCUGCAGAUAGAGUUUUAUCAGUUCAUAAAGUACCUCUCAGGCAAAAAGAACCAUCUGUGGAUCAAGAAGCUCAUGAGAAAAAAAUAAUUAUGGAUAAAAUACCACCCAUACAUAAAAUGGCACCUGCAACUAAAACACCUUCUUUAGAUGAGGCACCUUUUACGGAUAAAAUACCAUCAGUCAAUAAAACGUCAGUCAAUAAGAUUGUUCACUCUUCUAUAUGCAAUAUUUUGAAGGAUUAUAGAUCUCAAUACUCCAUUUGUAAGGACAUAAAUAGCAAUGGUGAAAAUUUAGCAAGAAGGCUAGCUAAUGCAGUGAUAGAUGAAAUUUUUCAGCAUCAGCUAAACUUGCUACUUUAUGAUGAGGUUCCAGCUUCAGUAAGUUUGCCUCUAGAAUCUAAAGAGAUUAUGAAAAAGGUCCAUAAGGUGGCCCAAACAGCCUGCAAAGAAUGUCAAACAUCAUCGCCAUAUACCAUAAUGCUGCCUUAUGAAUUUUUAGAAAGUAUAAUUUCUUCUCUUCUAUCAAAAAUUUUGUCAACAGUGGCCAACGCCAAAACAGAAAUAUCUGAGGAUAAUUUGUACCCAGAACUGGAUUUUCUUCAAAUCAAGUUAGUAAGUACAAUUAUGACAGAGAUCUCCAACGAUGAAGAUAUGAUUAUACAGUAUGUAGAAUCCUUACAUCCUAAUGAUUAUGAAAUUAUUCAAUUAGUAGUUCAGACUAUUUAUAAUAAUCUCUUGCCACAAUUUGGAUCUCAAGAGAGCAUACAAAAUUGUGUGCAAAGUGGUUGCAAAAUCCUUUCAGAAACCAUAGAAUUAGUUGUACAGGAAGUAGCUGGCAAUCAGUUGCAGAACUAUUUUUCUGGAGAGCUAACGCCACAUCAACGUACAGAAAUUGACAAUGUUGUUGAAAAUAUCCUUAAAGAUGUUAUCCAAACCACUGGAGUUCCGCAGCCUCAACCAUCAUGGGCUUACAAACUGCCUUUUAACAUAAUAGAAGAAAUUGCUGUAAAUUUUUUGUCAAAGCUUUUAUCUAUGUUUCCAAAAGCAGAUAAGGAACAAAACAAUUCUCUAAGUGCUGAAAUGCAAAAAAUAAUCUCAAAAAUCUUAAGUUCAUUCCAAGAAUAUAUCUUUAAAAGUCAGAUUAUAGUAGUACCACAGGCCAAAGAAUCACCCACUAUAUCUUUAGCAGACAGUGCAACUAUUGAAAGAGUAGUUACUUCUGUUUACAACAGUGUUUUAAAGUGCUCUGGCUGCCAUAGUUCAGUGUAUAAAGAUUUAAUGGGUAAGAGCAAUGUCCUCUCUGAUAUAAUAGGGUUUUUAAUGGUGAAGGAAAUUUCCAAUUCACAAUUUCAUCCUCAAGUAGAGGAAGAAGCAUCAAGUUCAGAGUUAGUUCUGGAAGCUGUCAAAAUUAUGGAAAAAGUGGUUAAGAUUAUUGAUGACCUUAAGUCGAAGAAAAAGCCUUCAUCCGAAAAAGAGGCUAUGUUAGACGCCAGGUUUUUAGAAGAAACACUGGCCUUAUUCUUGGCUAAACUAGUAAAGUUGCCAAGUGCCUCAAGCAAAGAUGCUAAAAACUUAUCAAAGCCUGAGUUAAAUAAAAUUGCAUCUCAAUUGACGAAAUCUGUGACAGCUGAAAUUUCCAGAAACAACAUUAGUGUUGUAGCUGCUAAUCUUGACAAAAACUGUUUAAGUCCAGAAAGCAUAGAAAUUAUUUCUCAGGUGGUUGAUUCAGUUUAUAAUCAUGUACUACAACAAUCUGGAACACACGAAGAACUUUAUCAUGACAUGAAAGGUACAAACAACGUCUUUCCUAAAGAGGUGGCUUCUUUAAUUAUCAGUAAAGUUUCAAAUUAUCCUUUAGAAACAAUUAGCCCAAAAGAUUCACGUGCUGGUCUCUUUGGCCAUCUGGACACUGGUCGAAUUGUUGAAAAGGCACAUGUGCAUGCUGUUAAAAUGGAACCUGAGCUAGAGCAAAAAGAGUUAGAUCAAGAUUUAAGUGAAGAGGAACUUCCAAUUAAAAUAAUUCCUCACAGUAGGAAACGACCAAUCAAUAUCGAUCCAGACAUUGUUGCAGAACACUUAGGAGUUAUUUCUAUAAAAACCCAACCUCUUGAGAAACUGCAGAUGGAGUGUUUAGCUAGAACUGGACAUAGCAUUGAAGCACUGAGAAGGAUGUCAAUAAGUGGGAGCAGUUACCCCACAGAUGCAUCUGAUGCAGGAAAGAGAAAGAGAGAAAAACGCAGCUCAUUGGAUAAGGCUGGAUAACUGAAUGUAAAGCCCUUCGAGAUUGCUAGUAGGAAUUCAUUUCAGAAUUUAAUAAAGCCCGACAUCACCAAAGUGGAGCUUUUAAAAGAUGUCCAAAGCACAAAAGAUCUUAUCAUUCGUUUGGUAGCUCAUAAUAUUGAUCGAGAAAAUUCAAAAAAUAAAGAAGAAGAGACUUUAACUUCUGAUGAAGAUGAAGUUGUUUUACAAGAGGUUGUAAAUGAAAAAUUUCCAGAAGGCCCAUUUGAAGAUCAAGUGAAAGAAGAUGUGAAGCCCACUGCAAGCACAGUGGCUUUUCCCAAGCCGCUGAUGAGUCAGAGCAAUCUGAAAAAAUUUUUGUCACUAGUAAAAUGUUGUCAUCCCAAAUCCAGUCUAACUACAACAAAUGUUGAAGCAUCACCAGCUCAAUGGACAGAAUCUGAGGAGACACAAAAAAGAAGAAUUGUUCCUAAGGUUGAUGUGACUACCUCAAAACCCUCGACUGACACAAACUCUUCCUUUUGGGAGAAAAAGACACCACUAAGUUUUACCACCCUCUAUCGACGCAAAAGUGCUCUGGGCAGCCUGUGUUCUUCAGAUGAUGGCAUUUCAGACGCUGAUAAGCCCAGUACUUCCAAACAGGGGUCUGAAAGGAUGAGGAGGGUAUCAUCAGCUGUAUCCAAAGUGUUUUUAAGAUCGAAUGCCAGUGCUCCCAAAACUUCCUCACCCUCACCCCCUCACCAGGACAAAAGCUGAGGCUACUAUACCUGGCAUCAAGAAGCGUGCUGAUCUUCCUCAAAAAAUAAAUGGUUUUUGAA